CGUCCCAUCACUAAUUUGUACUGUUGUCAAGACGCAUUUCAUGUACAAAAUGUGGCAGUUCAGCUGUUGGACUUUUUUGGGACUUGUUCAGAGAUAGUUGCUUCUUUCUAUCGCGAGAUCUGGCAACACUACCAACGGCUUCUGGAAGCUUCGAUGAGAAACGGCGGGAAGAAAGGAAGGACGACUAGAACAUGGAGCCGCUUUUUGAAGGCGAAAGUAACGAGGCUGAGGAAACAAAGGAGGAGCAGCUCUGAGUGACUCGAGAAAGGAAUGAGGAAAUGAACGGUUCAGACUCCAUUUUACAGUCGACAGAGGAGGACAACAAGAGUGACUGAAGUCCUCAAGAUGAGUGAUUCUGAGGAGGAGGAGAUUCCAGACUCCAGUCGUCAGUCUAUGAAGAGUGACUGGUCCAGAGAUAAUCCUCCGUGGUUCAGUAAUGAACCUGAACCCUCAGACACAAAAGUUCAGAACCACAGACGGAGAAAAGAGUCUGCAGCCUUCAGCUGUCUGUCCAUGAAGAGUGACUGGUCCAAAGGAGAACCUCCAGACUUCAGUAAAGAACCUGAACCCUCAGACACAAAAGUGAUGAAGAGGAGGAGAGUUUGUGUGGAGGAGCAGCCGUCCUGCUGUGCUCGGUGUCAGGACGUCCUGAAGGAUCCAGUCUCUAGCAGCUGUGGACACUGGUUCUGCAGACCGUGCAUCAGCUCAUACUGGGACCAGUCUGCUCCAUCAGGACACUCCUCCUGUCCCCAGUGUGGAAAAAGAUCCAGAACCAGAGGUGGACUGCAGACAGUCAGUCAGAGCAGCUGUAGACAAAGUGUUGGUCUGCAGGAGGUUCUGCAAGAACAUAAGAUGAGUCUGAGGAGGAGAUGUGAACAUGUGACUGAAGGAAGUGAUGAAGCAGGAGGUGGAACCCUCCUGAACAGGAUCUACACUGAGCUCUACAUCACAGAGGGACAUAGUGGAGAGGCUGAUGUCCAACAUGAGGUGAGGCAGCUGGAGACAGCUUCCAAGAAGAGCCUCCAUGACACUCCCAUCAGGUGCCAGGACAUCUUCAAAGCCUUACCUGAGCAGCAGAGAGCCAUCAGAGUGGUCCUGACCAACGGCGUGGCUGGCAUCGGAAAAACCUUCUCAGUGCGGAAGUUCACUCUGGACUGGGCAGAGGGCGGAGAAAACCAAGACGUCAGUGUGGUGGUGGUGCUUCCGUUCAGGGAGCUGAACUUGAUCAGAGAUGAGCAGCACAGUCUUCUCACGCUGCUCCAUCUUUUCCAUCCAACAUUACAGAAGGUGACGGCAGAGCAGCUGGCUGUCUGUAAACUUUUGUUCAUCUUUGAUGGUCUGGAUGAAAGCAGACUUUCACUGGAUUUCACCAACAGGGAGGUUGUGUCUGACGUCAGCCAGAAGUCAUCGCUGGACAUUCUGCUGACAAACCUCAUGGAGGGGAAUCUGCUUCCCUCGGCUCUGGUCUGGAUCACUUCCCGCCCUGCGGCAGCCAAUCAGAUCCCUCCUAAACAUGUGGACAGGUUAACAGAAGUACGAGGCUUCACCGACGGCCAGAAGGAGGAGUACUUCAGGAGGAGGUUCAGUGAUGAAGAGCGCUCCAGCACAAUCAUCUCCCACAUGAAGACAUGCAGGAACCUCCACAUCAUGUGUCGACUCCCAGUGUUCUGCUGGAUCACUGCUACAGUUCUGGAGCACAUGUUGACCACAGAGCAGAGAGGAGAGCUGCCCAAGACCAUGACUGACAUGUUCUCACACUUCCUGCUGGUUCAGACCCAGAGGAAGAAGAACAAGUACCAUGAGGGACAUGAGACGAGCCCACAGGAGCUGACGGAGGCUGACAGGGAAGUUCUUCUGAAGCUGGGGAGGCUGGCCUUUGAACAUCUGGAGAAAGGAAACAUCAUGUUCUACCAAGAAGACCUGGAGCAGUAUGGUCUGGAUGUGACAGAGGCCUCGGUGUUCUCAGGAGUUUGUACACAGAUCUUCAGAAGAGAGUGUGUGAUGUUCCAGAAACCAGUCUACUGCUUUGUUCAUCUGAGCAUUCAGGAGUUUCUGGCUGCAGUCUACAUGUUCCACUGUUACACCAACAGCAACACUGAGGUGCUGGAGAAGUUCCUGGGAGAAAAGCGGAAUGAUCUUUAUCUUGGUGAUGUUUAUGGUGAUAAGGAUCACACAGACAUCUCAUCCCUGGAUGUUUUCCUGGACAGGGUCAUGAAAAAAUCCCUCAGAAGUAGAAAUGGUCACCUGGACCUGUUUGUUCGCUUCCUUCAUGGCCUCUCUGUGGACUCCAACCAGAGACUCUUAGGAGGUCUGCUGGGUCGGACAGAGAACCGUCCAGAAAUGAUCCACAAAGUUGUCAACAACCUGAAGACAAAAAACAGUUAUGGAAUGUCUCCAGACAGAAGCAUCAACAUCUUCCACUGUCUGAUGGAGAUGAAGGAUCUCUCAGUACAUCAGGAGAUCCAAGAGUUCCUGGAGUCAGAGAACAGAUCAGAGAAGGAACUCUCUGAUAUCCACUGCUCAGCUCUGGGCUACAUGCUGCAGAUGUCAGUGGAGGUUCUGGAUGAGUUGGACCUAAACAAGUACAGAACAUCAUUGGAGGGAAAAUGGAGGCUGAUUCCAGCUGUGAGGAACUGCAGAAAGGCUGGACUUUCUGACUGUGGACUCUCAGAGAGUCACUAUGAAGUCGUGGCCUCAGCUCUGAAGUCCAACCCCUCCCAUCUGACAGAACUGGACCUGAGUAGAAACGAGAACCUGCCAAUUUCAGGAGUGAAGCAUCUUUGUGAUGGACUGCAGAAUCCAAACUGUAAACUGGAGACUCUCAGAUUGGAGGAAUGCAGUUUGUCAGAGAUCAGCUGUGAUUCUCUGGUCUCAGCUCUGAAGUCCAACCCCUCCCAUCUGGAACAUCUGGACCUGAGCAGGAACAAGCUGCAGGAUUCAGGAAUAAAACAUCUGAGUGGUUUUCUGGAGAGUCCAGACUGCAUCCUGAAGACUCUGAGAUUGGAGUUUUGCAGGUUGUCAGAGAUCAGCUGUGAUUCUCUGGUCUCAGCUCUGAAGUCCAACCCCUCCCAUCUGGAACAUCUGGACCUGAGCAAGAACAAUCUGCAGGAUUCAGGAGUGAAACAUCUGUGUGGUUUUCUGGAGAGUCCAGACUGCAGCCUGAAGACUCUGAGAUUGGAGAAAUGCAGUUUGUCAGAGAUCAGCUGUGAUUCUCUGGUCUCAGCUCUGAAGUCCAACCCCUCCCAUCUGGAACAUCUGGACCUGAGCUACAACAACCUGCAGGAUUCAGGAGUGAAACAUCUGAGUGCUUUUCUGGAGAGUCCAGACUGCAGCCUGAAGACUCUGAGAUUGGAGUUUUGCAGGUUGUCAGAGAUCAGCUGUGAUUCUUUGGUCUCAGCUCUGAAGUCCAACCCCUCCCAUCUGGAACAUCUGGACCUGAGCAAGAACAAGCUGCAGGAUUCAGGAGUGAAACAUCUGAGUGGUUUUCUGGAGAGUCCAGACUGCAGCCUGAAGACUCUGAGAUUGAGGUGCUGCAGUUUGUCAGAGAUCAGCUGUGAUUCUCUGGUCUCAGCUCUGAAGUCCAACCCCUCCCAUCUGGAACAUCUGGACCUGAGCAGGAACAAGCUGCAGGAUUCAGGAGUGAAACAUCUGAGUGGUUUUCUGGAGAGUCCAGACUGCAUCCUGAAGACUCUGGAAUUGGAGUUUUGCAGGUUGUCAGAGAUCAGCUGUGAUUCUCUGGUCUCAGCUCUGAAGUCCAACCCCUCCCAUCUGGAACAUCUGGACCUGAGCAAUAACAAGCUGCAGGAUUCAGGAGUGAAACAUCUGUGUGGUUUUCUGGAGAGUCCAGACUGCAGCCUGAAGACUCUGAGAUUGGAGAAGUGCAGUUUGUCAGAGAUCAGCUGUGAUUCUCUGGUCUCAGCUCUGAAGUCCAACCCCUCCCAUCUGGAACAUCUGGAACAUCUGGACCUGAGCUACAGCGACCUGCAGGAUUCAGGAAUGAAACAUCUGUGUGGUUUUCUGGAGAGUCCAGACUGCAUCCUGAAUUUUCUGAGAUUGAGGGGCUGCAGGUUGUCAGAGAUCAGCUGUGAUUCUCUGGUCUCAGCUCUGAAGUCCAACCCCUCCCAUCUGGAACAUCUGGACCUGAGCAAUAACAAGCUGCAGGAUGCAGGAGUGAAACAUCUGAGUGGUUUUCUGGAGAGUCCAGACUGCAUCCUGAAGACUCUGAGAUUGGUGAGCUGCUGGUUGUCAACAAUCAGCUGUGAUUCUCUGGCCUCAGCUCUGAAGUCCAACCCCUCCCAUCUGGAACAUCUGGAGCUGAGCUGGAACAAGCUGCAGGAUUCAGGAGUGAAACAUCUGUGUGGUUUUCUGGAGAGUCCAGACUGCAUCCUGAAGACUCUGAGAUUGGAGGACUGCAGGUUGUCAGAGAUCAGCUGUGAUUCUCUGGUCUCAGCUCUGAAGUCCAACCCCUCCCAUCUGGAACUUCUGGACCUGAGCGGGAACAAGCUGCAGCAUUCAGGAGUGAAACAUCUGUGUGGUUUUCUGGAGAGUCCAGACUGCAGCCUGAAGAAUCUGGAAUUGAGGACCUGCAGGUUGUCAGAGAUCAGCUGUGAUUAUCUGGUCUCAGCUCUGAAGUCCAACCCCUCCCAUCUGGAACAUCUGGACCUGAGCUGGAACAACCUGCAGGAUUCAUCAGUGAAACAUCUGUUAGAUCUUGUGGAGAGUCCAGACUGCAGCCUGAAGACUCUGAGGUGGAAGUGAUGCUGAUGAUCAGGAGGAUGUUUGUUCUGAGAGGAUGAAGUGUGUCCUGAUGAUCCAGAGGUUGAAGCAGCAGCAGCAGCUGGUAUGUAGAGACUCUGACUGGUCCAUGUUACUGGGAGGUGGAGAGCUUCAUGCAGUAGUGACUGAGAGGCAUCAGAAGAAGUGGAGAUGAGUGUCAGUGCUGCGGUGUGAGCUGCUCUGAGAACAGCUGUCCAGCCUGGUCUCUGUGUUCCUGUGGAUGUGACAGAAUAUCAUCAGUGUAUGUGGACUGCUCUGCUGCUGCUCUGUCCUUCUGCUGAGACUCCUCCAUUAAUUCUGCUCCACCUCCACCUGGGCAGGAAGCUCAGUAUCAUUCUGCUGCUGGCUUCAGGUUCCAAAUAUUCGGAUCUCAAAAUAAAUAUUCGGAUACCACUGUAACGAUCGAAUAUUCGGAUGUUAGGGUCCAGCCCUAAUCACCACCAGCUUCAUACGUAUAAAAUGCCACCCAACACAGUUGGACAGACAAAAACUUGGUUUUGACGGAUCAAGACAUGCCCCCCGUUCAGUCUCUUAGCACGCCAAAUCCGUCCUCUGAUCUGUCAGUGACAAAAUCAAGCCUCAGACCUGUUUGUCCACAACCACAGCUGUUUUGUUCUUCCACUUCCUUGCAUUCUGUGACCCAGCCCAGUCCUUGCCCUGGUCCAAGUGCCUCAAGCUCUACUGUUGACAGACCUGCCAGUGACACAGGUGAAAAACGCAAAUAUAAUCGGACGGUCACGUCUAAUACUUGUGAAAAGUGCAGACAGUUUUGCACACAAGAGGCUGAUCAUUGUCAGUAAAAUGGCUGAAUAUAUUGCCCAAACACUGAGACUGUGAGCAGGGAACAGUGGCUGAACAUGAUGAGGCAGAAGAUAAAGCCACUGAACCUCUAAUCGUUCUGUUGUUGGUUGCCUCUGAGGAUUGUUGCUGUUAAGAAAAGGAAGAAAACGUGAGGAUUUGUAAAGGUAAGGUUAAGUAAACCUUCACAAAUCCUGAAGUUUUCUUCAUUUUUUUCUUUUAAUAUUGUGUGUAUUAAUGUUUCUUUGACUGCUAGCAGUUUUAUUUACCACAAUGUGCAAUUAUUGUAUCUUCACUCUAAGUUUUUCUAACAUUGUUUUUUGUUUUUUUUUGUUUUUUACUUAUUUCACUGUUAAAUAUGUUCAGUUAUGUGAAAUAGUUUGCUGUGUAACCGUUAUGGAAAAGUGCAGAAUUGUACUGACAUCCAAUUUCAAAUACAUAUAGCAGCAUACAAAAAUACACUGGUGUGUCACGUUUCUUCUGUGUUGGAACUUUAAUGGCAUUAAAUGUCAUCAUGUCAACAAAGAGUGGAAAUCCGACUACAUAAUACUGAUAGCAUGUGGAAGACUUUAGGUACAUGACAACAAUUACAUAACAUACAUUUUUAUUAUAGUUCUAUAUUUUUUUGUUGUACUUCCAAGUAUAAGUAAGUUAUGACUGUUUAAAGUCAUUGAGAGAACUUGGAAUUUAACACCUAAACACAAAUUGUAAUCAUUUGCCAUUUGGUUUUGAGUGAGAUUCAAACCUGCACCACAGUUUUUUUUUCCCAUUUUUUUCUUCUUCCUCCUCUUCCCCUCCUCUCUUCCCUUUCUUGCCCCUUCUUCCCCAUCUGACACAGACAAAUGUUCCCCAGCUUUAGCUCAGCUGGGUGAGGGGGUGACACAGCAGUCAUGGGUUCAAAUCCAGCCCAUGCCCAUUUCCUGGUCGUUAUCCCCCAACUCUUCUACCUAAGCUUCCUGUCUCUCUCUCUCCACUGUCCUGUAUAAUAAAGGCCAAAAACACAACUUAAAAAAGUGCAGUUUACGCUGGACAAGAGUGAGUGUUUCCAUUAGUUCAGCAUUCUGGAUUUUAGAUGUUGACCUGAGCUCAGAGUUCACAGUUCUGACUCCUUGAGGAAACAAGCUCCUCCUGAGUCUCUCUGUGUUCUCCUUGAUGUUCCUCAGGUUCCAUAGUUGCCAAGUCUGCUUGUUAUAAUUGACUUUGGGCUUGUUUUUCUGUAAAGUCGCUUGCAAAUCUCAUCAGUCGCUUGUUGUGGGUUUUUGGGCUUGUUUUCUAAAAUGUAGUUGCUUAUUUGGGCUUGCUUUUUCUGUCUAACCCCUCCUGAUUCUCUCCCAGUUCUCCACUAUAAUGCGAAAUACAUUAGUUUGUCCUUUUCCAGGACCCAUCCACUCCCCCGUUUCUGACAAUGAGUGGGAAAUAGUGGGGGACGUAUGACAAAAGAUAUAGUAAAGAGUGGGAGAAAGAGAGUGCAUUGAAAGACUGGAUCUGAUCUCAGGUGGGAGAUAAUUCGAAGGUGUUCUGUCAAUUUUUCAAAUGUGAGAUACUGCUAACCGUGCAGAUUUAAUGCAGCAUGCUGGCACCAAAAAGCACAAAUAAACUGCAUCCCAGUAGCUCAACAGGUUGAGUGGGCGAACCAUAUGCAGUGGCCAUGGGUUCAAAACCAGCCCUUUCCUGCAGGUCCUCUCCCCACUUUCCUGUCUCUCUUUCACUGUCCGUAAAGAAAGAAAAAUAACAAAAAUGUCCAUGAGGCUGACAGACUUGGGUUUCACCACUACAAAACAAACAAAUGAGCUAAAGAUAGCCUCUUAGGUAGCCUGUCACAUUUAAGUUAUUCAGGGUUUUUAUGUAGACUAUUAACUGUCAAUUUACUGCUGCUUAUGCAUAAUGCAUAUGUUGUUUAUUUUGAUCUGUUUAAAAUGUAAGUUAUUCAGUUUUUAUGGUUUUAUGGUCAAUUUACUGCAAACAAAAAUAAAUGUCUAUAUUUA